AUUGACAGAUGGCUCUGAAUGCUCUGUCAAUGAAAAGUGUCAAAUUUCCGAGAUAUAGAAUUAAAAUUGGAUAGUGAUGAAAAAAGCUCCAUAUGAGUGUUGUUGAUAGUUAAUGCAUAAAUCAACUGUUAUUUAGUCGUUUUCUUAUUUAAUUUGUCAUAAGUUUGUAAAUAUAUUAUAGACGUGAGUUGCCCAAAGAUUUAACAAAAUGGCAGCCACUAGGAGAUUACAAAAAGAACUAGGAGAUAUUAGAAAUUCAGGAUUGAAAUCAUUCCGUGAUAUACAAGUUGAUGAAACUAAUAUUUUAACUUGGCAGGGUUUGAUAGUUCCAGAUAAUCCUCCUUAUAAUAAAGGAGCUUUCAAAAUAGAAAUCAAUUUCCCUGCCGAAUACCCUUUCAAACCACCCAAAAUAAAUUUCAAAACCAAAAUUUAUCAUCCAAAUAUAGAUGAAAAAGGUCAAGUGUGUUUACCUAUCAUAAGUGCUGAACAUUGGAAACCUGCAACUAAAACAGACCAAGUGAUACAAGCUUUAGUAGCUUUGGUAAAUGAACCUGAACCGGAACACCCUCUUAGAGGUGAUUUAGCAGAAGAAUAUAUCAAAGAUAAGAAAAAAUUUACGAAAAAUGCGGAAGAAUAUACGAAAAAACACAGCGAGAAAAGACCAGCGGACUAAAUUAAUUCUCAUUUAUUAUAGAUAACCGUCACUGAAUGAAUUUGAUACAGUUUUAAAAAUCAAAAAACGAUCUUGUGGUUGUAAGAAGCGUGGUGCAGGCAGUUUUGUAAAAAAAAAACAAAAAAAUAAUAAAAUUUUUGUUUUUAUUUUAAUUUCAUUAAUUUCUAUUGUGCUUUAUGUAUGUACAUAUAUCAGCUUUAAAAAUUCAAUAUGAGUUUUAUAAACCAUAUUUUUUUGCUUUCAUUAGAUCGUCUUUGGUAUUUGUUACUGUCAUCAUAUUUAAUACAAGGAAAAAUGUUCUAUUUUCAAAAUAAAAGUAUAACAAAGAAACGUUGGGUUUCAACACAUUUUUGUUAGUAAUUUUCAGAAAAUACUAGUUGUAAUUACACCUUCCGCUUGUGUACCAGCGUUUUCCAUUUCUGCUCAUUCAUUGCCAUUUUUUUUCCAGUUCCUCCUGUUGUUAUCAAAUCCAUCUUCACCUCAUCCAACCAUAUCGAGCAUGGUCUUCCUCUCCCACCUUGGUUGCAUUCUUUCAUCAUUCUUAUUCCUGCUUUUGGUCCAGCUCUUCAUAUUCGUCCCAAUCAUUUUACUCUUGCUUUUUGUAUCAUCUCUCCAAUGUUUAGAUGUUUUGAUUGAAAAUGAUGCUACUUUGAGAUAUGUUACAGUCAUCAAUGUAGUUUUUAAUGAAUUUUCUCAUUAAUUUAAGUAUUUUUUCCUUAGUACAUUAUAUUUUCAUGAGCAUUCAAUCGAAUACAAUUUUGUAACUUAAGUUGUCGCUUGAACAUUUUGAUAGAAGUUAAAAAAAUAAAAAAUGCUGAGGAAGGCGAAUCUACAACCUUGUUGUUUCCUAUUAGUUCACAAGUUUAGUGGGGAAUUCCAAAAUGACUUCUGGAAAUUUCUAUCGUUGCUCAUGUUGAGGAUGGCCAAUUAUAGAAAAAUAUCAUCUACACAUUGCUGUUUAAUAUUGAUUCACGGGCUUAUGAACAGAUGGACAUUAUUUCAAAAAUAUCUGCAACGUUUAUUGUAACACAUGAUGAAGAGUACAAAAAAGCAAAAACUUGUUGAAAAUGGCCAAAUAUAGAAAGAUAUCACCUACAACCUUGUUAUUUCUUAUUAGUUCGGAUGAUUAGUUGGGAAUUCCACCAACAAUACUUUUGCAAAAUUCUAUUGUAGCACAUGAUGAGUACAAAAGGACAAAAAACUUCCUGAUAAUGGUCAGUUUCUUGAAGAUAUCAUCUACUAACUUGCUUCUUGUACUACAAUGUUUGGUCCUUCUGGCUUUCUAUUAAUUGUUUAUUAUUAUCCGGCUCGAAGGACCAGGCAGUUGUAGUGGUAGUAAACAGAGUGCUCAGUUAUCUUCAGAACAUGCAGAAUUGGAAAACUCCUUACUGGUAAUGAGGAACAAGAAAGGUAGGAAAACUUGUGGGUUUGGUUGAUAUUGUUAGAAUUAAUGGAUCUAAGGGCUUCGUUACAUUAGAUUGUACAUAUGAUUAUUCCCAUUUUUGAUAAAUAUAAAUAACAGUUUUAGUGAAAUAACUUUUCAAUCAUCAUGAAAGGUUGGUGUAAAUAAAUUCAAGAACUUAUUCCAAUAAUACAUUGAGAUAAAAUGAUUUAUUACUGCUUAUGACAUAUAUUAGUCAAUUUCAUUCAGUGAAUAUUUUUUGCAUUUUUAUGUUUUUUUCAAAUUUUUAUAAUAAUUACUAAAUUAUGAAAUUGAGAUGUUUAUUUAUUAAAUUAACCAAUUUUGUAUAUUUUAGCUUGCAGUUGCAUAAAAUCAAUUUAUUAUUUUUCUCGAAAACCAUUUUUGAAUAAUACUUUUUGAAUAUAAUAAAAUUAUAAUUGAAUUUAA